UACUUUGUAUAAAGUGUCUAAAUAAAUACAAAAGAGCAGUUCAUAACAGUGGCGACGAGGAUGGGAUCCUCCUGCGUAAGGGGGAUCCAACAAGAACCCGCGGACGCCAUCGCGAUCGGGCCCAUCUCGUUUUUGCUGCAUCAUCGCAGCGGCCAUCGCGUUGGCACCGGUCCCCGUGCUUGCGGGACACCGCGAACGGUUUGGGUCGCCACCGCCGCCAACACCGAGGCCCCCGGCUGCCGUCCCAUCAUUGGCGACCACAUGGGCAGCCGAGCACACACUCUCGGCGACAAGGAAGGUCGUCGAGCUGCAGCCCUAGCAACGCCAGCAGCACCAGAGGUGAGGCACCUUUCCGCCUUGCUGCUGGAACAUCGGAUGGGCGUCACAUCCGCCCAUGCUGCAGCCCCAGCUUCAUCGGGCGAGGACGCAUUCCGCCCAGCUGCAGCAGCAGCAGUGCAAGCAUCCAUCGGCGACGAGCAAUACCGCCCCGGCUCGAGCUCAGCACAUCAUCGGCGAGGCAGCAAUUCCGCCGCGGCUCGAGCCCUGCCUCUCACCACGGCGACGUACCAUUCCGCCUCGGCAGCACAACAGGAUCGGCAACGCACAAGUUGCAUCGGCUGCAACACAGCAGCACACAUCGGCGCGAACGCUUUCGCCCUGGCUGUAGUUGAACAGGCGUCGCCAAUUGCGCCUCGGCUACAGCCACAGUGUCCAGAGGGGACGAGGUAGCAUGCCGUCCCGGCUGCAGUCGAACGGGCGUCACCAAAUUGCAAAUUGCCACAGCAUAAAAGAAGGGCGAUGAGCCAACGCAUCGUAGGAGGGCGAAGAACAAUGCCCAUAAUUUCAGAUCCCCCUACGCCUCCUAAGUGGCACUGCUAUAGGCCAAUGAGCUUUCUGCAGGAAACAGUUGAUGAGUCGCUGAGAGCGAAUGGUGUGAUAGAACGCUCAGAAGAAAAUGUGAUGGGGCCUCCAAUUGCCUCUUCUACGCGGUGGUCCGCAGCAGAGGGAAGGGAAUUCGCAAAAACAAGACGGUCUAUACACAUAACAAAUUAAUGAUUUUCCUAUUUUGCAAGCAUUCCUCUAAAAAUGAAAAACGAAAUCUUAUUCAACUUGUAUCGGGGCACCUGAUGCUCUGGUAGACCAAUCACAACUUCUAUAAUAAUAGAAAACAGACUGCCGGAGCAUGGGGGAAAUAGCCAGGCAUCUGGCGACCACCGUGGCCAGAUGCCAGAAAGUUUGGCACCAGCUCCGGUACAAGUACCGAGCAAUAAGGAUACGUGAGCUGGCAGCGGUCAAUAAGACAGGAUAUCCCCCUUCGCCUCCUAAGUGGCACUGCUAUAGGCCAAUGAGCUUUCUGCAGGAAACAGUUGAUGAGUCGCUGAGAGCGAAUGGUGUGAUAUAUAGAACGCUCAGAAGAAAAUGUGAUGGGGCCUCCAAUUGCCUCUUCUGCGCGGUGGCCCGCAGCAGAGGGAAGGGAAUUCGCAAAAACAAGACGGUCUAUACACAAAACAAAUUAAUGAUUUUCCUGUUUUGCAAGCUUUCCUCCAAACAGUAUAAAAAGGAUUUGAUCCGACUUGUAUCGGGGCACCCCAUGCUCUGGCAGACCAAUGACCCAUUCUAUAAUAAUAGAAGAAAGAUUGCCGGAGCAUGGGGGGAAAUAGCCAGGCAUCUGGCGACCACCGUGGCCAGAUGCCAGAAAGUUUGGCACCAGCUCCGGUACAAGUACCGAGCGAUCAGGGUACGUGAGCUGGAAGCGGUCAAUAAGACAGGAUAUAUCCCUACGCCUCCUAAGUGGCAUUGCUAUAGGCCAAUGAGCUUUCUGCGGGAAAUAGUUGAUGAGUCGAUGAGAGCGAAUGGUGUGAUUAAUAUCUUUUGUAAUAAGUAAGCGUAAUGGGGACUCCAAUUGCCUCUUCUACGCUGCGACCCGCUGCGGAAUAGGAGAGCGUCGCAUCGGAGGAAAGGGAAGAGAGUGCAGUUGGAGGCGCCUAUUACGAACGACGGGUCUACUGAGUGAGGCUAUGGAAUGCACAAAUCUCUAUUAUAAAACUCUAGUAAAGGCUGAUCAGCGUUACUUUACAGCGGAUGCUUGGAUGAUUUUUAUUUAGUUUAUUUGAGUUAGUUAGUUAGUUAGUAGUUUAUGUUUUUAGAUACAUUUUAUGGAUUUUUAUCAAUUCGCAAAAACAGGACUGAUCCAAUCGGUCCCUUGAUUGAGUUGCAGAACCAUCAUACUUAGAUAUGCCUGAAGGUCGCUUGAAUAAAUGGCAGCGAAUCCAACAACUGCGGCAGCAGUUCUGGAAUAGAUGGCAAAGGGAGUAUUUGUGCGAACUGCAAACCAGAUACAAGUGGACCAAAAUAAAGGACAACGUAAAGGAGGGAGCAUUGGUUCUAAUGAAGGAGGAUAACACGCCCCCGCAUUUGUGGAAGCUGGGACGCAUUACAAGGGUGUUCCCGGGCAAGGACAGAAUGAUCUGGGUAGCGGAUGUGAAGACAAAGAGUGGUGAGUUUAAACGUCCUGUUCAUAAAUUGGCUCUUCUUCCGGUAAUAGAUUCGUAGCAUCAACCUGGCCGGGAGGAUGUUCCAUUUCGAUGGAACGAGGGAGAUGUGCGGUCUGAGGAACGAGCGAGAAGGACGGGCUGAGGAAGGAGCGAGAGGUGCAGGAUGAGGAGCGAACGGUAGGCUGUCCGAGUGGCAUCUGUUUUGGCGACAAUUGUCUGGAACGGCGGCACCCACAAUUGUUGUUCAAUCACAUCGACACCGGCCAGAAUUUCGCGAAACCCACCGUAGAAUGCAAGCGGGCGGCUUGUGUGGUCAGACGGGCCAGAGAAGCAAGCGAGUUGCUGCUGUUCGCUGGACUAGGUUAAGGGGGAAAAGAGAGGGAAUGAAGAGAAGGAAAGAGUGAGAGAGGGAAUUAUGAAAUUUAUUUUGUGACCGAGUGGAGUGGGUCAGUCUGAUGAAAAACGCGAGGCAGUUAAGUCGCAAUUAAUAAACAUUGUGCGUUCAGUUGAAACCGUGUCCACUGAGAUGAAAUA